CGACAGCGUGCGCGUUCACGCCACACCAUAGUGCUGAAGGAAUGUCCCGCCCCCCUCUGCCUCUGAUUGGUUUACCCGAUAUUCCUACACUGACCCUAACCAAUCACACUCCUCAUGCCUGAACCUAACGUCUCUAACCAACGAAGGCAACGACUAUUAGCCCAUCAGAGGUGGAGUAGGGCGGGACAUUCCUUCCACAUCCAAGGAAAGGAAAUGUGUCUUCCGCCUGCGUUGUUGUCAUUAGCUUGUCGCGCGGAGGUUUGACUGUGGCACGCGCAACAUUUCUGUAAGACACCUUUGUUGCGGUGGUAAAGUCCUCGUCGUGCAUGCAUCAGUCGGGUCUCGCGGGUCUUUCAGGCCUGUGCCGAGUCACCGACCAUCUUUACCUCAGUAAUGGCCGAGCGGCUAAUGACGCCUCCCAGGUGGCUCGGUGCAAGAUCGCGUGCAUCGUGAACGUGACAGAGACCGGGAGCCGGCGCCCUCUUCACCCCGGGGUGGAGUACGUGCACAUCCCGCUCCCGGACUCCCCGGUGUCCCCCCUCAGCGACCACUUUGACGCAGUUGCGGAUAAGAUCCAGCAGACUGCGGACCGCGGGGGCCGCACGCUGGUGCACUGCAACGCGGGCGUGAGCCGCUCCGCCUCGCUGUGCAUGGCCUACCUGAUGAAGCACCGCGGGGUGCCGCUGCUGGAAGCCCACAGGUGGGUGAGGACUUCCCGGCCCGUGGUGAGGCCGAACAACGGCUUCUGGAAGCAGCUCAUCCGGUACGAGAUGGAGCUCCGUGGGUGCGCCUCCGUCCGGAUGGUGUCCUCCUGCAUGGGGGAGCUGCCAGACCUUUAUGAACACGAAACCAGAAAUAUGAUGCCACUGUGAAGAAGCCACUGCACUGCUGUGUGAUGUUGUUUAUGGACAUUAAUAUGUUGUUUAUGGGCAUUAAUAUGUUGUUUAUGGGCAUUGAUAUGUUGUUUAUGGACAUUAAUAUGUUGUUUAUGGGCAUUAAUAUGUUGUUAAUGGGCAUUGAUAUGUUGUUUAUAGGCAUUGAUAUGUUGUUUAGUGUGUCGCAUGUGCACGGAUGAAGGGCUGUUUCGGAGGUCGUUUAUUUUUUUAAAUUGUCUU